CAGCCUCUUUGUCCAGCGUUAUGCAGAAGCUGGGGUAGCUUCCGGCACUGGCGCGUAGUUACUUUGGCAGCGCAUCACAUCUUUCGUCCACUUUUCGCCUUGCGCAUCCUUCCAUUUGCGCCCAUCGAGGCCGCUACUGCCUAGACGAGCUGCGAAUACCCCACGGAAUAGAUACAAUACAAUCUACACAAUGCCUCCCGGUAAGUCCUCACCUCUUCGAACUUCACCCCUCGUGGCACUAGCCAAGUCGCGUCGAGAUUGCAACAACACACUUCACGACGCGCAUCCUACACCAAUUCCCCAUACAACGUCACAAUGGCGCGUCGCAAUGGCGCGUCGCAAAGCGAGCAAAGCGAACGAGGAAAAGAAGCCCAAAAAGUUAACAGCACCUAUAGCUAUUAGCGACGACGAGAUGUCUGACGCCGGCGGCGAGAUCGCCAUCCCGCUGAAGGAGAAGCGCGCGAAGAGCCGAUCCGCGGAAUACCGAGACGACGUCAGCGAAGCUAAGAGCGAAGAAGACAUUCCCAUGAUAUCCGGCGACUUGAACGGCAGCGCCACCAAGCCUGCGAGGGCUGCUAAGGCAGACUCUGUCGUGGCCGACGAGGAGGAAGAGGAAGGCGAUGAUUUGGAGGCUGAUGAAUACGUUGUCGAGAAGAUUCUUGACCAUCUGGCUUCCGACGACGGCACCGUGAACUUCCGUGUGAAGUGGGAAGGUUACUCUAAGAAAUCAGAUCAGACCUGGGAACCGGAAGACAGCUUGAAGGAUGGCGCAUCAGAGAUCUUGGAAGAAUACCUUCGGAAGCUCGGUGGACGCGAGGCGCUGUUUGAGGAGAAGACCAAGGCCAAGAACACGAAGAAGCGCGGGCGUCCCAGUGCUUCGUCUUCUACACCACCAGCGAGCAGCAAGAGAGGCAAGCGCAAUGGUCACCCCGCCGAAUCUACCCCUCCCCUAUCAGCAAAGGAGGCCAAAGCCAAGGCCUGGACAUUGCCCAGCGGCAGCUGGGAAGACGACGUCGAGUCGAUUGAUGCCUGCGAGGACGAAGAGUCGGGCUCUAUUAUCAUCUACCUCAACUGGCGAAACGGCCAAAAGACUAAGCAUCCCAAGGAGGUGGUGUAUAAGCGGUGCCCUCAAAAGAUGCUGCAAUUCUACGAAAAGCACAUUCGCAUCAUCAAGGCGGGACCUGACGCCGAUCUUCCGGAGCUUGAUGCCGCGCCUGAGGCUAAGAUGUAGAACACCGAAAAAAAAAGGGUGCCGUACGUGGAAUUUUUUUGCGAAGGGAUCGGCGUUUGGGCUCAUGAUACAUCUGAUAUCAUCAGCAGGCUCUUGAGCGCCGUUGGCUUGGCCUCUGCUCGUUUUUCUAUUUGCUCAUUUUCAGUCCUCGGACUAAGUCUCAGUAGACCGUACCUAAAUCAGGUCUGGGGCGUCGAGGAUCCGGAUUGUGGCGGGCUUGCUUUAUCCGUUUACAACCGAAUUAGCGGGAGGAAGUGU